AUGGAGGAGUUCCUCCUGCUACGUGUCUCAGAUGUCCAUCAGCUGUCCUCACAUAGUCUCCUGUCUCUGUCCUCAGUUUCCCAGCAUGCCUCGGGGCUCCAGGUGGAGGUGUUUGAGGGGGCGGAGUCUGUCCAGCUGCCCUGUCGGGUAGAACCUUCAGAGUCCGAUGGUUCUACAGCCGUUUGGGACCAAGACGACUUGCGGAUCCCGACGGUCCAUGUUCGCCAGCCGGACGGUGAUUACCUGAGGGACCAGAACCAGCGCUACAGAGGCCGGACGGCCAUGACGGAGGACGCCCUGCAGACCGGUGACCUCAGCCUGACCCUGAGGAAACCCGCCUUCACCGACAGCAGCACCUUCACCUGCACGGUGCGGCGGCUGGGAGAGGAGCUGCACCAGGAGGCCGUGCAGCUGCAGGUCAAAGAGGCUCCUGCUCCAGUCUGGCUCUGGGUUCUGGUGGUUCCGGUGGUUCUGGUGGUUCUGGUGGUCGUUGCUGUUGUUUUGUACUACAGAUGGAAAAAGAAGCUGACAGCAGUGCUUCCGUCUGAGACGGUGGAGGUCAGGGAGGGGCUGAAGUCUGUCCUGCUGCCGGUGAAAACUCAGAGACGUCUCCACAACGUCCGAGUGGAGUGGAGCCGUUCGGACCGGGCGAACGUCAGGAUCCAGGUGUUUGAGAACGGCCAGACCCGAUCGGACCAACAGCAGGGCGUCUACCUGGGCCGGACCAAGAUGAAGGCAGACCUGCAGCAGACCGGAGACCUCAGCCUGACCCUCAGGGCGCCCCAGCUGGACGACUCGGGGGUCUACGCCUGCGUGGUCUCCAGAGGGGCAGCAAAGCUGCUGCAGAAGGCUGUGACUCUCAGGGUCAAAGAGAGCCUGAUGGAGGAGCUGGAGGUCGCAGACAGAGCAGCGUUUGUCCUGCUGCCUUUUAAAACCACAGCUGACCUGCCUGCAGACAGCAAAGUGGUGUGGAGCCGCGCUGACAAACACGGCUCAGUCCACGAGCACCAGAGCGGUCAGAACCAGUCAGCCAGACAGAACCAGGAGUAUCUGAACCGGACCGAGAUGAAUCCUGAUGCUCUGAGGACCGGAGACCUCAGCCUGACCCUGAACUGCCCCCGACUGGCAGACGGCGGCGUCUUCAUCUGCACCGUCUACAGCGACGAAGACGAGAAGAUUCUGAAACGGAAAGUCCUGAUGCUCAAUGUCAAAGUCCACCAGGUGGAGAAGGUUUCUCUGGAGGUCGGCUGCAGGUCGGCCGUCCUUCCCUUUCAGGCGCCGCCUCAGCUGCUGGCUGAAGCCUCUGCUGUGGACUGGAGGCUGUCAGACCGAGGGAACCGGCUGCUCUGCAGAUACUCCAAAGACCAGGACUCGCCAGCACAGGGCCGGGUCCAUGAAGGCCACAUGAUGGAUGAAGACCUGCUGACGACUGGAAACUGCAGCCUGACCAUCAGCAACGUCUCUCUAACUGAUGGGGUUUAUAUCGGCUCCGUCUGGGAUCAGCGGGGGAACAUCCUCCGGCAGACAGUGGUGGUCCUCAGACUCAGAGGUUUCCAGUUGGAGAUCGUGAAGGUCACAGAUGGGGACCCAUCGGUGACCCUUCCUUUUAAAAUCCCUGCUCCUCUGGACGAGGACGUCAGGGUGGAGUGGACCCGGCCGGACUGCAGACAGACCGAGAUCGUCUCCUUUAGGAAUGGAGAGAUUCACUCAGCCCAGCAGGUCCUGCGUUACCAUGGACGCACAGAGAUGGACAAGGACCUGCUGGCGUCUGGAGACCUCAGCCUGGUCCUGAAGCGUCCCCGUCCUAAAGACAACGGCCUCUACAAAUGCUGCGUCUACAGCGGGGACCAGAUCCUGCAGACCAAAAUGGUGACGCUCAGCGUUGGAGAACCGCCGGACGGCAGGUUCACUGACCGACUGCUGAGGGGCUGGAAGAGGAAAACAUCCAGAGAUCCUCCUGCAGAGAACGUCCAGCUGCUCGACGUCUUGAACCCAUCGAUGAAUCAGGACUGACUUCUGGAUCGGGCCUCGGUUCUUCUGGGUCGG